AGCUGAUCGAUUCCCCCACAAACAGGAAGGGGAAGUCACAGUUUAACAAGCAAGUCAUGUAAAAAUAGCUCUGUCCUUUGUGCUUUUCUUUUUAUUUAACAACAAAACUCUUGAAACUCUGAAGAUGUUUGCCGGAGACGAUGAAGACGGAGACUUUCUGUUUCCUUCGGGGGGGUGAGUUUGUCCUCAUUCAUCAGGUUUACUGCUCCAUGCUAACAGAGGCGAGCGAACUAGCUUCGCCUCUGUUAGCUGUUCUGUCAUAGGGUCAGCCAAUUCACAUUUAAAAUCUGGUCAAUUUAUGCGACUUUUUUUUAGAAGGGUAUGCUUUUGAACAAAUUAUCAUACACAUUUAGGACGCCUUGUAAAUUGUCUCUUAUUGUGGCUGGAUCUGUUUUGCACUAAGAAGCUUUUUAAAUCAGAUUUCUGUUCAUAUCUGUUGCUUCUAAAUUGUGUACUUCGGUAACAAAAAGGCACAAAAACUCAGCAUAAAUCUGUGAUUUUAUGUAAAUUAUGCUAUCUCAUAAUGCCGAAUGGGAGAAUAAUAUAUUAUACUGAUAAAUCUUGUCUUUGCUGUGUGACUUAUUUCUGAUUUUACAGCUAAAUAUUUGAUCAAACCUAAAAUCUCCUCUUCACAAAGGGUUAAUUCGUACUGCAGUUAAAAUACUGUGGUUACUCUUAAUCUUUUGCUGGUUUUUGAUGUGGCAUGUAAAGUAAGCAAUUUUAAACUAUGUUAUUACUGUGACAAACUAGAAAAAGAUUGCAUCUGUACUAGAUUUACGAGUGUUGAGUGCAUGGGACAUUAUUUAAGAUCAAAUCAGCUUUGACCAACUGAUUUAACGUGGUCUGCAGGAGUUAUCACAUGCCUGUUGCAGACCAGCUUGUUUUUUUUAAUAGUGUGUCCAUGUCUGCCAUGACGCUUGAUUUCACAUUCAUUAAUGAGCACCUUAGCUCAAGCAAAUACAGUCACAAUUGUUCUUUGAUUGGCCAAAACAUUGUCCCUGAAGAGUCGAAUUACUGUUUGAUGCACCAAACACCAUUAUAAAAAGUUAGCGAUUAAGAGCUGGCUUGAAAUACUCAGAAAACAAGUCAUAAAUUUCAGGUUUUCUACAUGUUUUCUAAAAAUAGAGGUUAUACCGGUGUUGACAAACAAACAAGAUGUCUUACAAACUACAAGUGUGCUCCUUUUGUUUCACCACUGACUCACUUACUAUUAAUACAAUUCCUCUCUGAUCUACGGGGCAGUCAGUCACAGCUUUGCCACAUUUUCCAGCCUGACCACUAUGUGUGAUAGCAUUGUGUGACAGCAGCAGUAUGGGCUCAGCCUGUGUAGGGUCUGCUGUGUUGCAGAGGGAGGGGUGUUAUGGCGGCUAAUUCCUCUCACAUGCUGCCAGUUAGAGGAGUAAGGUGAAGGUUCUUGCCACAGCCUAGCUCUGCUCGGCAGGCAGAGGAGAAGUCAGAGCCGCUCUGGUCAGUUCCUCCCUUUUUUUGCUAUGCUGUUAAAUAUACCAUGUUGGUGUGAGAGCCCCCGGGGAUAGGAGAUCAGGGGUAGCCCGGGACGCGGAGCGUUGGAACGUACACUAGCGGGAUUUUUUCUCACACAUGCAAAGGGACUCCCUCUUUUCAUCCCAGCUCCUUACCUUCAAGGAUGAGGGCCUGACGGCUCUCAACAUGGCUGUUCUUGGGGAUCCCAGUGAUUACCAUUGGAGGGAGUUACCUGGGUCAGUAGAUUCAGCAAGGCCAGUUUUAGUCUUGUCCUGAAACUAAAGCAAAGUUGGUGUCGUUACUCAAUACUUUUUAAUACUUAUGAUGAAGAUAGUCACUGUUCUGGUACUGCCAUGUGUUGUAUGUGUGUGUGGGUGUGUUUGCCUAAUUGUUACAUACAUCAAAACUAUUGCAGGUGGAAUUAGAAAUGCGCUUCUUCCACAUUAUUAUGAGUGAAUAUGUUCUCCUCUCUGUUUGAAAUCAGUGCAAAUGUUGUAAUUUAAUAAUCAGAGAAGGAAAAUUCAUUUUGACCCAGGAAUAAGAAGUUUGAAACAGAACUUUUGGAAACUUUACACACCACAUGUGUCAAUGAGAUAACGUUGCAAAGGACAGCUAGUUUGUUGGCAUUACUGCAACCAUCAUUCAUUUUCCUUAUACACUAAUUUCGCACCCCCUGUGGACAAAACUGUUAGCUUUGUUUUGUAGAAGAAGGAGAUGUUUUUACUAGUAUAAAGGACUUUUUUACUAAACUGUUCGCAGCACUUAAAGCUGUUGGAAACUUUGAUUUAUUUCCCUUUAUUUUCCUCAUUUAGCCUACAACUAACAGAUUCAACUCAACUCAACUUUUAGGUAAUCUGUAUUAGAAAUUCUUUGCUCGAGCUAAAACUUAUUAACAUUCCAACAGGCCAACAUGAAUAAUGUUAUAGUCCAGCUGUUUCUCACUAUGAAUUUCAUAAGUAGAAGAAAUAAAUCACAGACCUGUGGAGGACUCAGAGACAGAGUUCAGGACCAGUUUUGUUGACCUGUGCUGUUUCCAAACACCAACACUGUCCAUUUAUUGCUUCAGUUGGUUCUCUGCUUUGUAUUUCUUGACUUAUCCUUCCUAUAGGUUUGUGAGUUGUGUCUCCCCUGGAACAGAAUCGUUCUGCUUCAUUUUGACAUGCCACUGCAUCACUUACUCUGGAACUUUGCUGUGAAAAUUUACACAAAGGCUCUUCAGUCUGCAUCCUUCAACGGGAUCUAAACUUGGGACGGCCUGUAGAAGGAGUCAUUCGUCCUCCUCACGGUCUUGUCUCGGAUUCUAGGUCCUUUAGAUUCAGCAUUUGACAACUAAGAUGGGUUCAUAACCAGUUUAAAAUACAAGUCAAGUUGAAGGUCUAUGAGAAGUUAUUUGUGGCAGAGGACUGUCACUAAUACCAAGAAAUUAGUUUUACUCUCAUUUUUUCCCCUUAAUGCAGAUAAUGGAGUUUGCAGAUUUGUCAUGGAGCGACAUGACCACCAAGCUGACUCCUCCUGUUUAUUAAAUCAGACUGUUUCCAAAGAUAGGGAGAAAGUUGUCAUCAAGGUCGGCACAGAAUGAUAAAGAUACAAAGCUGACCAUGGUUCCUACUUUGUUUCUCAUUUGGAGCCUUUCUGGACAGAUUCCUGUGUAUUAGAGGAUUCUCUACAGGUUGUCUCUGGGUCUUUCCCACAGUCUAAUGACAUGCUUGUUAGGUUGGCCAAUUUGAAUUACUCGUGGUAUGAGUGUAUCUGGCAGUAUCUCGUUCUGUAUCAAAGCCCUGUGAUAGAUAAGCUGGUGUCCAGGGUGCUUGUCUCCCUCUUUCUCUCAAAGCUGAUGGUUGGAAUUUGAUUCAGGCUUUAAAGAAAUGCAUUUUUCUAAAAUCAGAAAUUACUUGGUAGAUGAGCAGCAGAUCUAAAUGAUAAUUUCUGCAGUACACAAGCUAUAUUUAGAUGGAAUAAUAUAGUACUCUAUGAAGCCUGAGGGAAUUUCUAGACAGAUAUCCAAAUUAGGGAUGAUUCAUAGUUUGGUUAUUAUCAAAUAGUCGUUCAUGGAAGAUUAAAUAGUUCAUGCAACGAUUUUCUCAUCUUAGAAAUAUAUAACCUUGUGAAUUUUACCAAGCUUGGCUGUAAAUUGGUACAAUUAGUCCAGCAGAAAGUUGUUUGCCUACCGCCACAGAUGAGGAAAGCCUGAUUGUCAAGUUUUAGUAAAACAGGCAUUACUAUGUGAACCAGAUAAAACCAGAGAACACUGCAGGCAUGAAAAAUUCAGAGGGGUACUUCCUCAUAAAAACAAAAGAAAGAAGUUGAGGUCAAGUGCAGAUUUUACCUGGUCAAGCUACAAGGGCAUAGAGUCUACAACAAGUGUAUGUAGGGAACAAGUUGCCAAGCAGAAGGAGGGAUGGGGGUUGGGAGGCAGUCAAUGAAUCAUCAAAUAGUUCCCAGAGACUGUCUGAUAGUAAUUUAGCUUAAAAUGCCAAUUCUUUACACAACGUUACUGUACAAAAAAAGAGUAAACAAGUAAGAUAAAAGAAUAUUAAAUACAUACAAACUUUGAGAAAUUCAUAAAAUAUUAAGCGGAAUACUAAGGUUAUAUAAACUAGGGCUGGGACGAUAUGCUUUUCUCAUGAUUCGAUUUGUUUGCCAAUUUGAUUUAAAUUUCGGUUCAACAAUAUUGUCGAUUUUCCUCUAUUUUUAGUCUGCAUUUUUAACACCAGUGAAACAGUUGAAUGAUUAUGAUUUUCUACUGGCUACUCCAGGAACCAUAUUUCCCCCCAAAAUACACAUAAGUUAGUUUUUAAGAUUUCUUCUGCAAUUUGAGAAAAAAAAUAGAGUAGAAGUUGGUACAGUUGUCAUUUUUUUAAGAAGAAUUAUUUAAAAAUUGUAAAAUAAAAAAUCACGAUACUUAUGUGAAUCAAUUUUUUUCUCCCACCCCUAAUGUUUACAGUGCAUAUGUAAAGUAUUCAGAACGAGAAGAACUAUCUGCAUUUCACCUCAAAAUUCUACACGCUAUCAUAACCAAGUGAAAAAGAGUUUUUUUUUAACAUUUUUUCAAAUUGUAUUGUAUUGUAUUAUGACUGAUUAUAUGUUGAAUUUUGAGGUAAAACAUGUAUUUAAUCCGUUUUGGUGUUUUGGACAUACAAGUUAUAAACAGGAGUCCCUUCUGCUUCUCUCAGAAAAUCUUUGCAUUAUUGUCAAUGAGGAGCAGAGAGAGACAUUGCUACAUUAAGAGUAUUUAAAUUCUGUAAGUCUCUCUGCUUAGAUGACAGAACAAGUGUGUCUACAACUGUGGAAAAAAAACCACAGAUGUGUAGAGUGUUAUCUUUGUCUGGGAGGAGCGUGGAAAGAGGAAAUUUCAGGCAAUUUCAUGCAACUUCUUUUACUCAAGAUGAUGAUUCAUCCACUCUGGCACAAAGUUUUUCAUGCAGUUUUUCACGACAUACAUCACAAAAAAAUCUACAUAAAAUAGUAAAAAAUAAUAUCACAUCGAUCCAGAUUAAACUGCACGUUUUGACAGUAUAACAGUAUAUCAAUAUGGGUAGAUUUGGGAGUAGGAACAAGUCCUGUAGUGCAGCAUCAAAGGUCUUCUCUUACAUCUGUGAUAUUCUGUCUAUAACUGUGUCUAUGCCGUGUUGAUAAUACAUCUGAAGGCAAAUAUGCUGAUAUCUCUGUGAUCUGUACACUUUAUCUCCUCACAGGGCUAAACUGGCCUCCUUGUUUGGACUCGACCAGGAAGCCAGUCAAGGAAACGACUCAUUUCAGUACACAGCUCCAAAACAGCCCAGAAAGAGCUCCAACGCGGGUAAACGAGAGUCACAACAACAACAACAAAAAAAAAAAUCUGCUACUCCAGUUUGAGCUUUGUAAUGAUAAAAGCUGAACUGAAUAUGUUUUGGGUGUCUUUCCAGCACCACCUACUCAGAAACCAGCACCACCACCCGGAGCUCCAGCAGUGUUAUUCGCCACCGCCGUUCAAGCCUUCAGAUAGUGAGCAUCCCUGUCACCCCAUCCAAUUUAAAAAACACUUUAAUUUUGAUUUUGUCAUAUAUUUUCAGAAACUUGAUAAACCCCAGGCUGCAGAUAUUUUUGUGACAUUCACAGAAAGCUUAAAACAAUUAAGUAAAUCUAUCUUACACUACAGGAAUCAUAUAAUGACCUCAAGUGAAAAGAUUUUUCUCCUUUUCUUCUAUGUGCAGCAUUAACGGACAGUAUGUGAAGCAGGGCAAACUGGGAGCAGCUGUACUGGGUAGCCACACAACAAAAGAGGUUUGAACUUUUUUUUUUUUUAAACUGGUCACUUGUUUGAGAUUAUGUGUAUGGCCUUUUGAUUUUCCCCCCUUUUUUCUCCUGCAGUACAAGCUGCUUCUGUACUUGAGCCAGCAGAAACAAGUGACUGCUGCCAAGAUUCACGUGGGCUUUGUUUUCACGGUGAGUAGAGAUGUGAAGGAUGGGGAAUGCAUCCUGACAAACACGUGAUGAGAUGCAUUACAUCUCACACUAAGGAGACACUGCACUGGUUAUAAGGUCUUAUAAUAUAUGGUAACACAUCUGGAUUGUUUCGAGGUCGGAAAAUGUUUUCCCUAAAGUGUGGGAUAUCCUUUAAGAUUGAUGAUAUUUAGUCGUGGUCAUCUUAAAAUUUCAACGUACAGAAAAUUAUAAGUGCUUCUGGUAAUUAAAACACAAGCAGCAUUAUGUCAGUAUCCCUCCGCUUUAGGGAUUAAUCCUACUCUCAUACACAGUACACUCAUUGUUCUGUAAAAAGAUCAAUUAUUCAGCAGUCAGUCAAAUUCUAGGAAAAGUUAGAUUUUGCUGAUUUUACUUCAAUCUGUGUGGAAGGUGUCACUGGAAUAUUUGUGGACAAUUUUGACUCAUUUAAAACACUUCGUAAAGGUGCUCACAUGAUCGGUUUAUGUAGGGUUGAGAGCCAUGUCUUUUCUUUGUUUAGUUUCUGAUAGGGCUGGGCGAUAAACAAAAAGAAUUUACGACAAUAACCAACAUCAUUUUUCCCAUGUCAAUAUAUUCGGUGUCAAAAAAAUAAAUAAACAAAAGUUGGUUUUGGAUGUGUGUAGGUAGGGAAACCAAAAUACCAAAGAGGGGAAGACAGGUGAGGAGAUGGAGGAUGGUUCAACAGUUGUAGCGGCUGAAGUAAACGAAGUUGAUGUGGGAGGGGGUGAGCAACUUGUGGAGUAGUUAUCGUCCAUUUAUCGUUAUCGAGGUGAACUGCUCAAUAUAUCGUGAUAUUGAUUUGAGGCCAUAUCGCCCAGCCCUAGUUUCUGAUCCAGUUGUGGUUUCCUGACUGAUUUUGGCUCUUUUGAUUUUUAGAGUGAAGGACAAACAGAUUUUUCAAGAAGAGUUGUUGGCCUGUUUUUAGUGCUGGUACAUGUAAACAUAGGUUUUUCUUUUAGUGCUAAAAGCUUCUCCAGAGACCCAAAGUUUGACAUUGUGAGUGUGAGGGUGCACAGAUAAGAAGUUUAUUGAUCAACAGUGUUUGUAUCACGUCUGCAUCUGCUCCAGACUUAAAUCAAACCAACUUGGACCACAGUGUGGAUCCACUCGCCUUCACUCUCAUAAGGUCAGACAGGGAUGAUAAAGCGAGUGGCAAGAAGAAAGGAGGAGGUCUGACUUUAUUUGACAAUCAGAGGUGGUGUAAGGAGAAGAUGUGAUGUCCAGAUCUGAGAUUCCAGAUAAAUGACAACUAAAAAACAUUAAAAAUAAAGUCAAUAAAAAUAAAGUUCUUGUAUUUAUCCCCAUGUUGUAUCUCUCCUUCAGGUACAGCCAAACAAUUACUGCACUUUUUACGAUGACCAGAGGCAGAACUGGUCACUGAUGUUCGAGUCGGACAAAACUUCAUCAGAUUUCUGCAAAGAGGUUAGAUACACAGAAGACAACUCGCUAUCAUCUGCAUUCUGGAGUCUGAGACACAAACUUUGAUGCCUGAAAUGACUUUUUUUUCUGUUCUCCAGGUUUGUUUGGCGAAAGCAAACAGCGUCCCUUCGUUAGAUAUCGUGGUGGUUCAGGAUCUGAGUCUGGGCGAGGGCCAGGCAGUGGAGAAUGGAGACUCUUUGGAGGUGGUGUACACAGGCUGGCUUCUGCAGAACCACAGCGUUGGACAGGUCAGGAAGGGGUCCAGCAUUAAUCAAUUAACCUUUAUUUUUUUGCCUUUUUUCAGCCUAAUUUUUGUUGAUGGCACAUUACUUAAUGUUCACGGUCUUUUCAGAUGUUUGACUCUAACCAGAACAAAGACAAACUGCUACGACUGAAAGUGGGAGCUGGGAAAGUGAUCAAAGUGAGUCAAAACAGCUCUGAAUGAAUCCACCCCGCAGAAACAUCUUUGCUAAGAAGAGACUGAAUUUAUUUAUAGACAUAAACAUUUAAGUUACACUGAUGAUAUAGAUUCAAGGUUUCUGAGUUCAAGAGUUCAGAUCCUUCAAUCUGUCCUGCAGGGCUGGGAGGAAGGGAUGCUAGGGAUGAAGAAGGGUGGACGUCGCCUCAUAAUCAUCCCACCCAACCUUGCUUACGGAUCCAAGGGAGUUCCAAACCGAGUCCCGGCUAACAGCACACUUAUUUUUGAAGCAGAGCCUCGGAGGGUAACUCUCAGCAGCAUUCCCUCACUUACUCUUGUCCUAAAAUGUUGGGUUUCCUCCCUGUUGAAGAAGCUCCUCCCCUCACAUGACCUCCUAAAGAAGAGAAACUGAAUAUCUUUUUUUGCCCCCAGGUGAAGUUUGCCAGGGACAGCAACUCUGAUCGGGCCAGUGCUUCCUCUAGAGACUCAGCUGCUCCCUCUCUUGCUCCGUCUCCGGCCCCCAGUGUGGAGAAUUUGGCCCCAGAGCCACCAGCACAGACUCCUGCUUCAGGUCCAGGCAGACCAGGGUAAGAUUGAACCUUAUGAAUCACUAGCAGAACUAUCUGUAUCCUGGUACUGUAACUGGGGAUAACUGGUACUAUAGACAUAACUUCCUACUCUCUCCUUGUACACAGCUUAUUUCUUAUUCCUAGACACUGUGCUUUUGUACAUUUUUGUCAUAUUUACUCUGGUUUCACUCCUAAUUCUCUUCUUCCUCUAUUAAUAUUUGUAUUUUAAGAUGAAGUGUAAUAAUAAUAAAAUAUUUUGAUUCUGAUUCAUUGUCAUUCAGGGAGCCACCAGUCCGCGUGAAAUCGAACUCUCUCAGUGAACAGCUGGCUGUAAGUGUUUCUUUUAUUUUAAACGUGAGCUUUUGUAUUGAAUAUAUAUAUAUAAUUAAUUUUUUUAGCUCUGUUAAUGAUGGCUUAUUUUUUUUCAAUUUUAGAAUCCAGACGCCACAAAAGCAAAGCUGAUCUCUCGCAUGGCAAAGAUGGGUCAGCCCAUGCUGCCUUUUCUGACAGGGGCAGCCGGCCAGCCUGAAUCCAGCGACUCUGAGCUCGAGGUAGGUUUGUUGAAUCCUGUCGAGGAUAAUCAUCAAUGAAAAAUUCAAGAAAAGGUCUUUUUUUUUAAAGCUUAAGAAGGGGAGAAAUAUAUCCAAAAAACUUGAUAUCUCUACAAUAGAGGUGCUGUACAUUAGGGGUGUGCCGAUACAACUUUUUUACUUACCGAUAUUGAUGCGAUAUUGGCCCAAACUUGUGCAUUACAAGUUUUGCACUCAUCUGCAAUGUCUUUUUCGGACGAAAAACACUGCCUCGCAGCCGAUAUCACUCCUACUCCUUGCUACUUUGUUAGUACCUUAGUACACACUGUUGUUGUGAUUUUGUGGGCUAUACAUGCUGGAUCUGGGCGCUGCUAUCUAGAGGUAGAGUCUAGAAUGGACUGUUUGUAUCGGAGUGCUGAUAUCGGAGAUUUUUGCUGCGUUCGAGUGACCUCGGAAGUCAGAUGUCCGAGCUGGGAGUUACGUCACACCCGAGUUACCAGCGUUUCAGUUACCAAGUCGGAAAAAAGCAAAAUCAGAGGCAGAAACAAGAUGGCUACAUCUACGAAAGGGGAUGCUAAAAUAACUUAAAUAACUAAAAUAACAACCGCUUAACUAACUUUUGUGGAUGUAGCCAUCUUGUUUUCGCCUACAAUUUUGCUUUUUUCUGACUUGGUAACUGAAACACUGGUUACUCUGGUGUGACGUAAUUCCUAGCUCGAACAUUUAUCAGUAUUGGUAUCGGGACAGCCCUACUGUGCAUUACCGUUGACAUUAUUUCUAGAUUUCAGGAUUUACCGUUUUUCUACCUGUUGCUUUGUUCAGCAAGACACCAGCGGUGGCAGAGUGAAGGAACAGCCUGCAGCACCCUCCCCGGUACCCAUCUCCUCUGCUGCUCCCGCUCCAGCUACAACCCCAGCUGCAGCCUUUGCUCCAGCUUCAGCUCCUGCUACAGCUCCAUCUCCAUCACAUGGUGACCCUCCUCCUCCAGUUUACACAAAACAUACUCCUCAUAUCGGUUUACUGUACGCUGCUUCAAAAUUUCAUGAGAAAUUCACCUCAAUGUGAUCUUUGUUCUCCCUGUAGCACAUUCUCAUCUUCACACCGCUCAACCUUCUGCCUUACUCCCUGUUUUGAGCACUUCUGCCCCUCAGUCUGGACUGCCGGGCAGUAGCCAUGCCUUUCAGGUAACACCUCAUCAGAUUUAGUUAAUCUCAAAAUCAGUAUGUGCAUAGCUGGAAGUGAUGCGAAAAUAUUGUUGUAUUUCAAUACAUUAUGUUGUUUCAUAGCCUUACCUGUACACACAGACCUCUGUGGCUCCAUCUCAGCUGCAACCUGUCAGCCAGGUUUACCCUGCAACUGCUGUCCCAUACAUGGGUAAGACGGAUUGAUUCAUCCAUAAGAAAUCAUGAUUGAAAUCAAGAUUGUAGUGUGUACAUCCCCUUACAAUGCAGUUUUUAUUUAGCCUGACACAGAGAGGACAAAAAAAGAAAAGUAGCAACGUCAGAAGUGUCAAAAGAGGGGUCACAAUAUACCAAACAUCAAAGUUUGAAGUGCCAAUCCUGCAAACCGGUGAGAAAAGACUCAAUAUAAGAAGAUAGUGUUGUAUGAAGUAUCGUUCCACUAUUUCAUAAGGCCUCCUUGAUUGUUUUUGAUGCUUCAUGGCUGCAGAUACUCUUGGAAUUGAGUCCUAACUAAUAAAACUGACACUCUGUAAAUGUUUUGUUUUUUCAGGCUCCAAUGAAGUAACUUCAUUCCUGAUGACAGAGGCUCGACAACACAACACAGAGAUCCGGUUAUCGGUUGGAAAAGUAGCAGAUAAAGUGGAUCAGCUGGCCUCAAAGGUAAAAAAAAAGAGAAACUGGGAAUGAAAAAGUGCGUAACAGAGAGGAAAUAAAUUCAUGCAAUGUUUUUUUUCUUCUUACUUUGACAGAUAGAUGAGCUUCAGAAGCAGGGAAAUUUCUCUAUGAGUGUACCCAACAUGUCCAUGGAAACUUCCAUGAUCAUGCACAACAUCCAAAGAAUAGUCCAGGUAAAAACAUCUGGGCUUUCUUCAGUUCAUCUUCAAUCAGAAAUACUUUUUUUAAUCUCAUGACAUUGUUCUGUGUUUUGUACGUUUCUAAAGAUGAAAGCCCGUGUGUGUUUUUCUUUUUUAGGAAAAUGAAUGUUUGAAGAAGGAGGUGUUUGAGAAAAGCUCCCGUGUUGAGGAGCAAAACCGUAAGAUUGGAGAGCUUAUCAAUGAGAACCAGAGGUGAAUGAGCUUUGUAUUGAAAAUGUUUAAAAAUAUAAAACAUUCAUAUCUGCUGGACUAAAAGUGACAGCAGCUCAGUCUUUUUUAACCAAGAGAAAGCACCAGUAAAGAUUUUAGUACAUGAGGAAGGUUUAAUAAGGUUUCUGUCUUCUUGGUUUUGUUUUCGUAGGUGCAUGGAACAGAGUAACCUGCUGCUAGAACAGAGGAACGACACCCUCAAGUCCUCCAGUGAACAGUGCCAGGCCAGACUCCUACAGGCAGAGCAGGACAAGGUGACGCUCUCUCUUUGCUGGUUGAAUUGAUCAAUACAUAAAACUGAGAAAAUAAAAACAACACUUGUAGGGUUUGCAAAUCUUGAAGUCCAAAGUUACUCUUGAAACAAAAUAUAAAAUGUUUCAUAGACAGAGUAUUUUUCAUGUUUGGAGGAACCCCAACAUCUUUUGCAUAACAUGGUAAUAUAUCAUGGCUAUGGAGGACAAAAGGAGACGGAAUGAAAUAUAUGAAUCCAUCUUUUUAAGUAAAUACUUCAAUGUGUCAAUGAUAUAAUAAUAAGUCAGUGUGCGGAUCCUAACACCUGAUUGGUUACCUGGCCCAUCAAGUGAAGACAGAUUGACUCCAGAUAACACUUUGAUGCAGCUACUCUACGGUCAAUAUCUCAGAGAAUGCAGAAAUAACUCCAACGAAUUCACUCAAUUUCUCUGAUUUUCACGCUACAUGCUCCAGGUCAGCAGGUCUGAUGUGUGGAUGACAUCAAGAUCUAAAUCUAGUUUGAGCGGUGAAUUCAGAUACACAAGUGCAAGUAGAAGGAAUGUUGUAGUUGCAUAGUUUGUUCACCAGAGUGCGCUGGUGUGCUUAUUACACUUUAAAAAACGGACUUAAAACAGAAUCGACUUUAACACAGUAUUAUUAUUAUUUUUUUUUCUUCAAGGUUGGGGCCAUUGGGAAAUAUUCAUGUUUUAACAUAACAUGGUAUUGUUGAUUUUGGUUAUCAGUAUGAGUUGAUCCAUUUUGCUCUGGCACAUCAGGGCGUACGUUCUGAAUAGCUAACCACAGAUUGCAACUAAGGCAACUGUGUUUUUGAUUCAGAAGAGGAGCUGAAUUUUUUUUCAGGGGUUUGAUACCCAAAAGUCCAGCAUGGGGUCCACAUUCUGAGGUGACACUUGACUGUCCCCUAAAAAGCACUCCUGCUGGCUGGGCCCAGCAGAAUGUGAACCGGAUUAGAUGAUACCGAUGGGCGCUUCAUGUAGCAGCCUCUGCCGUCAGUGUGUGAAUGUAAUGUAAUGUUAGAGUGCUCUGAGUGGUCAGACCAAAGAAAAAAACAUGCCAUAUAAACAGACUUUUUAUGAUAUAAAUCUGAGAUCAUGACUUUACCAAUUUGUAAAAACAGACAGACUUUUUUUUUCAUAAGUGAAUAUAAUACGCCUCCUUUUUUCAGUGUUUCUACAUGUUCUAUUUAUCUGGUGAGAGAGGGAGUCAUUUUUGAAUACCGUAUUUUUCGCACUAUAAGGCGCACUUAAAAUCCUUUAAUUUUCUCUAAAAUCCUCAGUGCACCUUAUAAUCAGGUGCGCCCUAUGUAUGAAUUCUGGUUGUGCUUACUGACCUGGAACUGAUUUUAUGCGGUACACAGCGCUCAAAAAUCUGUCAAAAUGUUUUAUUACGACUUCGGUAAGCUACAAAGCCGCACAGCCUGAUGGCUUGUCAGAGCACUGAGUAUUGAAUGAGUUAAAUAAAGUUUGGCUUAUCUGACUGUUUUGUUUGGCUUAACGCGCUUUAUUAUCCGGUGCACAUUAUAAUCCGGUGGCCUUAUAGUGCGAAAAAUACGUUAACUUGUGUCAGUCAAAAAUAGAAAUAUGAGUUGACUCAGGUUUCUUUCUUUUUCUUUUUUUUUUGAGUAAUUACAUUUGAACAUUUAAAGGGUAGCUUUUCAUCUGUUUUUGAAAAAUAAAAUCUAUUUUCUUUUAAAGCAAAUUACACUCUUUAAAAGUCUUUGAAAGUCCAAACAAUGCUCUGCUAAAGAUACAGGACUUGUUUCCUUUUUUUCAAUGAUGCAUAUUUCUCUAAAUAUACUUAACACUCAAACAAUGUUAAAAUAAAGCUAACUACAUAAAAACACUUCCUCUUGUUGAGGAGAGAGCCAGAAAAUUUGUAUUUCUCUACAAACACUGUAGAAUCUAGACUUAAGACUAAGUUGGUAUUGCUGUAACCAUUUCCUGACAUGAAAAUCCAGCAUUUACCGGUCUCUUUUCUUAGCAUGCUCGACCUCAGGACCUGAGUUCUGGCGAGGUGAGCCUGCUCUCUCGGUGUGCCUCCACCAGACUGGGGUCAAAUAGUGGAUGCAAAUAAGUGGGGGAAAAAAUCAACCUGAAAGGACAGUCUAACUCUGAGUUUUUCACAAACUCUCUGAUCUCAGUGCCGUAAAAAUAUGACGAACGGUGUCCAUUUAGAAAAAAACAGAGUAGACAAGUGUCCGAAGCAGUGAACAAUCUGCAUAUUUAACAGUCGCACAAAAUGGUGUGAAACUGCUAUUUGACCCUCUGCCUCUGGAAUCAUCCUGUUUCUAGUUAUCCUUCAUUCAGAUUUAACUAACCUUUUUUGUCUUCUUUAUUUUUCUUCAUCAGUCAUCCAUUAUUUUCUCCCACAGGGUCAUGCCGCUCACAUCACUAGCACCAGUAGACACUCAUCCUGGCUGUCAGUCAGUUACUCCACUGUCUGUCAUUAGUUUUCAGUUCACUGUAAUUAGACAGAUGCUGAUAACAACAACCCCUCUCCAUUUGUCAAUCAGGUCCGUCUAACAGAGGAUCUGGCCUCGUCUACAGCCCGGCUGUCUCAGCUGCAGCUGGAGGCUUCAGCUCACCAGCAGAAGGUUCUUGAACUGCAGGGGAAACUGAAUACAGUGCUGCAGGACUCAGAGAGUCAGACCCAACUCAACACUGCCCUGCAAGCACAGCUGGAAGGUUUGUGUUCAUGCUGUUUUUAUGAUUCUGAAAAAACAAGUGGGGAAUUUUAACGAUUUAUUUAUAGUUUUUUUUCACACGGUUAAUGUCUGUGCUUUAAAAAAAGGCCCUAAAUGAUUUGCAAAUCGUCAAUAUCAACAUUUUAGCAUAGGACUUAGACCAGUUUCCCUUUUAGUAAACUUAAACUUAUGCUUCUUUAUGUUUUUCAGAGGUGAAGGAGGCCGUAGAGAGGUCUCAAUCUCAGUAUCGCUCAGAGAAGCAGAGACGUAAAGAGAUGGAGCUGAGAAUCAGCAACUUGGAGGAGGAAAUUCAAGAUCUAAAGACUGACAAAGAGAGCCUAGAAAGAGUGAGUAAACAUCAUGAUUUAGUUCCCCCAUCUCAAAUAGGAGACAUUAUUUUGACUUUUACUGAACAUUGCAUUUGGUUUCCUUCAAGAAUCUUUUAGAGAGGAAGAAGAAGUGGCAGGAUGAACGUCAGCGCCGGGAUGAGGAGGUGGAGGAGCUUCGCAGGAGCAGCCAGCAGGAGGUGGACAACCUUCGAGCUAAGCUCCGAAAGGCCAGGACCAACACUGACAGCGCAGCAUCUGAACAGGUAAGAUCCGGGGAAGUGAACUGUUCAGGAAAAGAUGUAGAAAUUGGGAUGGUUGAAAGCUGUUGUGACAAGUUCUUAACCGUGAUGUACAGAAACAACUAUCAGCGGCAAAACCAAAAAAUCAUCCAGCCAACCUGAUAUUGUCAACCAUUUAUUAUGAGUGAGAAAAUAUAUUUGUACCACCAAGAGGUAGGUGUCAGACAAAGAGAGACAUCCUGAACUGCAAAUACUUACAAUAAGGGAAACAUUUGACUGUGCGAGGAACACAAGAUAGGAUUUGUUGAUCAAAAUUAUCAGCAGAUAGAGCUAAAGUAUGCCACUUUUUCUCCCCAAACUGAAAAUUCCCCAUGGGCGCUUCAGUGACAGUAUUUUUUUCCCAGCCUUCUACUCGGCUCAGCUCAGAUAGGUGGGAUAAAUACUUCAGCUUCACUUGAACACACCGUGUUUGUCUCCCAGUUAUCUCAGCUGCAGGCAGACCUGGAAGAUGAGUGGAAGAAGAAGUGUGAGCAGAUGUUGGCUUCAGCUAAAGAGCAGCACAGCCGAGAGUCCACUGAGCUGACUGAGCAGAGAGAUGCUCUGCAGGACAAGCUAACACAACUACAGGAGAAGGUACACAAAACAAGGCGUGACAAACACAAACACAAGCUGCAAACAUGGAAUCAAAUACUAUUACAAUAUCUGACAUAAUCAGUCUGUAUAUAUGAUUUUUGCCUUGAUUGUUUUUGUUGUGUAUCUCCCUUCAGUUCAGGGUUUUGGAGCAGUCAAGAGACUCAGAAGAACAGAGUGCACCUCCACAGGCUGGGCAGACUGAAGAGCUGCAGGCUCUGCAGGAAAAAGUAAGAUUCAUGACAGUUUGUGCUUCUCAUUUGAUAAAAUGUUCAUCAUCAACAAGAGAGACACUCUUAUGGAUGUCAUCUAAAAGGAAAUCACAUCAAUAAACCGAUCUGCUUGGUUUGUGAUUCAGACAAAAAGAGUUUUGUCACCAACUCCUUUCACCCUGUGUGUUUUCUCUCUUGAAGUGCACCGCUCUUGAGCAACAGGGUCUUGCUGUGAGGGAGGAAAUGGAAAAGAAGGUGGCUGAACUGGAGAAGAAACUGGAAGAGCAGGAGGCGUUAGCAGACACUGCAGCAGAGGUGAGACAUCUAGGAAAUGCUCACUUACUGAAUUGAAUUAAAUUAAAUUGAAUUGAAAUGAAUUGAAUUACCAAUUUUAGUGGAAUAUGAAAUCUGGUGUGCCUCUUUUCCUAACACACACUUUGAACUAUGAAUGGUUCAUUUAAAAAAAAAACAUAUUAUUGUAACCUAAUUUUAUCACAUAUUUAAGAGUCAAAGAAAAUUUAGCACUUGUUUGAGUAGAAAACUUCAGGGUUGCUGCUGUGGAAGAAGCUGUGAGGGAUUGAUCUGAACAGUUGUGGGAAAAUACCAAACCACUAAAUAUGCUUAUUUUCUAUCUGCAGACACUGUUAAACAAAUUAACUGAGCAGAUUAUCAAGAAUAUUAGAAAUUAUUAUGAUUACAAGCUGUUUAAAAAACCUCAGGUCAUACAUUAGUUUCUUAUGGUAAUGCAAGAAAUUGUCUUUUUGUUCCUUUUUGUGUCUGUUUAAGAUAAAAUAAGAAGAACUUUAUCCCUGAGGAGGAAUUCAAUAGUUUAGUUUUUGUUUGUGCCUUUCUACACAAGGCAGAAAUGUGCAUAUGGUUAAUAGGGUUGUUUUCUUAAAUCUGAACUCUACAAAACCACUCAUACCUUUAAAAGACUCAGAGAUGUGCGAUAUGUGUGUUUGCAGGUGAAGCGCGUGAUGAACGGAGUGUUUCACUCUCUGCGAGGAGAGUUCAAUGUCAGUGAGUCUUACAGCGGUCAAGCUGUGCUGGGAGUGAUUGUCACUACCAUCAAGGUGAGUUUCAACUACGCUGAGGAGGAGUCCUCCUGUGCCCUGUGGUCAUAUUUUGCUUCACAUGAAAAGAAAAAACAUGGGAUUUUAUUUCAAUAGGGCAGAGUAAUGCACAUUCAAAAUUUAAAAAAAGUACUGAUAUACACAGAGAACAUAGUAUAUAAACUUAAUGUAAGGAUACUGUACUCAGGGCUCAACAGUGCAACCGUUUCACUCGCAUUUUGUCUAAUAUUAGAUCUGUGCGAAUUGUAAAAUGCACGUGCGCAUAAAAAAUCGGCCGAGGCAACAAAUGUUUUUUUCAUGUAAAUGCCUCGGUGAAGUUAGUGUUAGGUUGGAUACCUGACGGACAUUCACGAGGAUCUACCGGUGUCCUGUCACGCUCCAUAUCUGGUAAUAGCAACAGCAGCGAGGUUAAAUCUACUCGGCACCCUUGCUGUUGUCAGGUGUUGAAUAAGGGACCAUCAAUGAAUUACCAGUUGAUGUUCUAAAAAAAGGCUGUUUUCCUUCAAUAGCUUCCAUGUCAUAUGACCAAUUAACCUAAAAUUGAUUUCAAAUAAUAAUACCAAGGUCGGACAAUAAGACACACCUCUUUAUUUUCCUAAUUUGUCCUCUAAAAUUGUUUUGAGUUCAAUUUAAAGGCAAAUUUUGAACAUUUUCUUCAAUAGCUUCCAUGUCACAUGACCAAAGUCUGAAGUUUGAAGUGGCUUUUGUGGUUGCGUUUGGUUGAUGACAUUUGUUGAUGCUCAGAUUUCCUCAUGCUUUCUCUGUCAGUGGUCAUCGCUUUAACUUAAUGUGAGGAAGCUAGAGGAUGUUUCUUUUCACCUCCUUUAAGAGAUCUGAUAGUGACUGACAAGACACAGAUAAACUUUAAGUUCUUUAUCUGCUAUGGUGACCAUUUCUUUCUUUUGUUUUCUUGGUCAGAAUGUAACCCUACAGCUGCUCAGUCGGACAGACAGACCCGCACAGAAACCGAGGAACGUUGAAGAAGAAGCAGAGAAAGAAGAGAGAAGUGAUGAUGUCAAGCAAAGAGAGAAGACGUCUCCGCAGGAUGUACAUGUGAACGGAGAGAAAGAAGAGAAGGAGGAAGAAGAAGCUGAUGCUCACAGUCCCAGUGAAAAGCAAAAGGAACAGGAAGUUGUAACAGAGGAAGAGACAGAGACAGAGGAAGUAAACGAGUCAAAGACAGAAAAUCAGCCAGUGGUUGAAGAAAACACAGACCCCAAACCAGCUUCAACCUCUGAACCUGAACAACCAGAGACACCAGCAGAAUCGGUAAUACAAGAGAAACAGGCAGAGCCUGAAACUUCUUCAGAGAAAACAGACAUCACAGAUGAACCCGAUGACAGAUCACCACCUGCAGACAUGUUAGAAAAGGUGUCAGAAGUAGAAGCUGCAGUGAACACUGAGGUGGAGAAAGAGAGUGUGGAGGACAAUGAAACAAAUGCUGCCUCUCUGAAAGCCUUGGCACCGCCAGUGAACCCUCCUCCGCCACCGGACGCACUGCAGAAGAGCUCAGGAGGAGAGACGAGGUGAGUCCUCAGGCUGUCAGUGAGGCCCAGAAAUGUUCAGUCAGAGCAAACUUCAGUCCGCAGUGAUUCAAUUACUGAGGUGAUGCUACUUAUUGAAACUAAAACACUCCAAAUACAACCUCAGAGGUGCAAUAAGAGGGGACCGCUUCAAGAGUCAAAAAAGUGUCUCACAUUAAGAUAUAAAAUUUGUUAGUUUUACAGAUUGUCUAGGGAAGCUUUUUGCUCCACAUAGCCACCUCUGAUCAUCCUCCUCCGUCCACCUCAUUGUGCCCUCUGCCCGCCUCAGCACUAUGGGAAGAAGAGCUUUAAGCUGCUCUGCUCUUUAACUCUGAAACUCUCUCCCACCAGACAUCCAGAACACUGACUCUCUCCCUCUUCAAACUCACCUGUUCAGACUAGCCAACUCUUUGUAAUUUAGUGUGGGAAGAUUAAAAUUGUUUUUAAUGGAGAGAGCGGCCCCACUAAGCAUUUUAUGGUCUAAUAGACGUCUAAAUGUAGCCUAGAUGACUGGUCUAAAAUCAGGCUACCACAGGUCUAAAAAUAAAAGUUUUUUAGAUGUCUAAAUUUAGACUAAGUCUAAAUCUGGGCUGUAUCUAUACUACACUGUAAAUGCUCAACGGCUAUCAUAACUAUUUUGAUUGACUACAGACUCAGUCACAUGUUGCCAGAUGCAGUCCUCAAGGUCGGUAUAAAUUCAACAUUUUUAUCGUUUGUGUAUGAUCUAACUUGACCCCAGAUGUGAUUUGUCUGUGCCCCCCAUCCCGAACGAUAAAUGCAUGUAUUCCUCAAAACUAACCUCUCCUUUUUAACUGUUGCUUCCUCCCUGCUUCAUCCUCCCCGACCCCCCAAACUUUUUUUCUGCUAUUCUCUCAGUCUGACUGGGGGAAUAAGUGAGGAAAAUGGAGAGGAGCCAUUUUUCCAGAACACAACUCCUACCAAAGCCCCACCAGCUGCCAGCGAGGAGGAAGAGGAGGAAGAGCUGGUGAGGACAGAUUUGUAAAGAGAAUACUGUCUAGAUUUUAUCCUGUGCUCUGCAGCCCUUUCACUUUAAUUUGUCUCUAUGUUGACAUGGUACUUGUCCUUUUUUUGCUUUGAAUUAUGCAUAAGGAGAAAAUGUAUAGUGAGCAUGUUGUAAUAACAAGUUGGGAUCAUGGACUCUAUAUUGAAUGGACAUCAUCUGCUUCCUCGCUGGGUGAAGCCUCCACGACAACAGCACCCCCUGGUGACUGGUUGCAGUAUAGAGCAUAAGCAGAUUUCUCGUAUUUCUUCUUUCUCGUAAGCAGAUUUCAUUCUCAGCAUUAAAUAAUUACCAGACUGGAAUCCCAUGAGAAAUGGCCUGCUACUAAGAAAUAUAUAGCCAUUUCUAUGAAGUGUUGCUACAUAAUGACUAACCAGCAGUGAAAUAAAUUAAACUGCAGUUCUGUUGGGGCUCAAUCCAUGAAAAUGUGGUGAAUGCAAAACACUGAUGUUGUGUUUUUUUCCUCUCUCUGUUGUUUGUCUAGAGCCUAAAAGGCCGUCCUCCUCCUACCCCUCUGUUUGGUGAUGACGAAGAGGAUGAUGACGAUCUGGACUGGCUGAACUGAAGGAAGGAAAGUAAAGACAGGGGUGCGUCUUCAUUUAUUUCCAACACUAAAGAGGGCGUGUGGUGCUUCACCAGCUGUGUCAGAAGAUGACAGGAGACGCCUCUGCUGCUAAAUCUGAUUGGAUGCAUCAGUGAGAGCCCCUCCUCUCUUUCUCCAUCAUCGAUGUCCUGUAGACUGACUCCUGGAGAACAAAGCUGCAGCUGAUUUCGGUUUCGAUAACAAGCCUGUAAUUCACCCAAGAAUCAAAAGCCAAUACAUUUCAUUUGUUCUGUGAUAGCUGUGGAUGAUGCAGUUAAAUUCUUGUUUUUACAUGGCACUGUAGCAGAUUAGCGUGUUGAAUCAGCAGUAAUCCUGUUGUCAGACUGUAAACCAUUAAAUGGUUCUUGAUUUUUAGCUUGUUGUUUUAGGAAUUAGAACUUUUAAUAAAACUUUUGCUAACCCAGAUUUCAUUCCAAAAAAAUAAAACCAUGAAAAAAUGUGGCCUUUAUUUCUGCUCUUUAUGUCAUCAAAUCUGUUCUGUCUGCAGUUACUGAUCAUUGAGUUUUUUAUUAGACAUCUGAAGAACUGUUGAAACAAAAGCUUUGCACUUGGCUAUUAAAAGGUCCUGAAACUUUGUAAAUAAUUGAGAAUGUGUUUGUUGUAAUUUGUUGUUAUUGUUUUGAUCAUCUGAGAAAGCGGAUUUGAUUAUUAAAUGUUUCCAAUGAAUAGUA